CGGAAGUAACAAACAGCGCCAUAAACUUGAAAGCGAGAAGGCCCAUCAGCCUUUAUUUUACAAAUAAUACCCUUAAAAUGUCAUCAAAAGACUUGACAUCAGUCACUGAACAGUUGGCAAAGACCAAAGUUAAUGAAACAUAUGAACUAAGUUUCAAAAAUAAGGGACUGAAGCUAAAUAGCGCUGCUGAUGUUAAAGACAUAGUUAAUGAAAUUGAAAAAUGCAAAACUAUGACAGCCUUGAGAAUGGAAGGGAAUACCCUGGGUGUAGAGGCUGCAGAAGAAUUGUCGAAAGCAUUAGCUAAACAUCCAGAAUUCCAGAGAGCACUAUGGAGUGAUAUGUUUACUGGGAGGUUAAAGACUGAAAUACCACAAGCACUGAAACAUUUAGGUGGUGCCAUCAUGUCAUCAGGAGCUGGCCUUGUAGAACUUGAUUUGAGUGACAAUGCCUUUGGACCAUUGGGUGUUGAAGGAUUGGUAGAACUUCUAAAGAGUAGUAGCUGUUACACAUUACAGGAGCUCAGGCUCAACAACAAUGGUCUGGGUAUUGGUGGUGGAAAGAUGUUGUCCCAGUCAUUAUUAGAUUGUCACAAGACCAGUUGUCAGGCUGGAAAACCACUGGCUCUAAAAGUAUUUGUCUGUGGGAGAAAUAGACAAGAAAAUGAAGGAGCUAUUGCACUGGCUCAGGCAUUUAAGGCUAUUGGUACAUUAGAAGAGAUAUCUAUGCCACAGAAUGGUAUACAUCAUCCUGGAAUCACAGCUCUAGCGGAGGCAUUGUCAGUAAAUAAACAGAUCAAAAUUCUUAACCUAAAUGACAAUACAUUUACCAAGAAAGGUUCACAAAGUAUAGCUAAGGUAUUGCCAAAUUUACAGAAUUUAGAAGUAAUAAAUUUUGGUGAUUGUCUAAUCAAAACAGAUGGAGCAAAGAUAUUAGCCAAGAGUUUGAAGGGUGGACAUAAGAAGUUAAAAGAAUUAAACCUGUCAGGGAAUGAGAUAAUGACAGAUGGAGCUAUGGCGAUAGCAGAGAGUAUGGAGGGCAAAGAUAAACUGACAAAAUUAGAUCUGAAUUGUAAUAUGUUAGGAGAGAACGGUGUAGAGGAAUUAAAAGGAACAAUGGAAGCAAUGGAUAAGGUGGAUCUGCUGGCGUCUCUUAGUGAUGAUGAAGGAUCAGCUGAUGAGGAUGAUGUCGAAGAUGAGGAUGGUGAGGAAGAAGAGGAUGAGGCACAGGAAGAUCAGGAAGGAGAUAUUAUUAAUGACCCUGAACUGCAGGUCAAGGGCAAAGGCAUAACACCUAAAAAACAGGCUGUAUCGGCUAAAGAUUUCUUGGCAUUUCCAUCACCGCAGAAACUGAAACUAAUGGGAAAACAAAAAGCUGAUAAUUUAAUACAAGAACUUGGGAAUGAAAUCACAGAUCUGGACAGAGUCAUGCAGACAUUUCUCAGGAUGUCCUCGAUUGUUACAAAGGAUGAUGUAGACACAAAAGAUUCAGUGUGUGAAUGUGCAGAAAAGCUUAUAGAGGAGACAUUAAAAAGUGACCACAACACAGGUUCAAUGUUAGCUAACAGUAUAUUAGUCAGUAUGGGAAUAUUAAAGGGUGAAGAUAAGAAGUACAAACCUCCGAGUACAUUAAUGGGACCACUGUUGGUAUUAGAGCACCUUGUCAAGCAGCCAUUCUUCCCAAAGUUUUCCAGAGAAAUAUUAUCUAUGUUUAUGAGCAAACCUCAUCCAUUAUUAGACCAGUCCAAAGAAGCAAGACACAAACUGUUACAGACAUUGAUGGCGUAUUAAUGGAGAGCUAUACUUCUUUAAAGGACAAAACACAUUUCACCACAUGUUAACAUUGUUAUUUUUAAUGAUAGAAAAAAACUUGUAUUGUUGAACAAUCUUACAAUAACACAUACAAACAAAGAUUAUACUUAAUUAUGAUGAGUUUUUGUUAAGGUAUUGUAUGAAUCAUGUAUACUAUAUUUUCAUAAAAUAUGAUGAUGGUUUUGA